GGAAGGGAGGAGAGAACGGCGGGAGGGCGGGGAGAAGUUUAUUCCCGGAGACACCUCUCCAGGGCGCGGCGGGGGUGCCGCCCCGCGCCGGCCGCAGCUCGGGGCUGGGACGUGCGCCUCCGCGCUGCCGCCCGCCCGGGGUUAGUGACGGCGGGGUGCCGGCCCCGAGUCCCCACCCAGGCGACAGGAGUAACCAGUGCUUCUGGCGUACGGACCGAGCGCGGUCGCCCGCCCGCCCGCUGCCUCCCGCCCACGCCCUCUCCCUCCUUCCCUUCCUUGCCUUCCCCUCUCCCGGGUGCGUGAGGAGAGAUAACAAUGGUGGGGCGCAGCCGCCGGGCCCCCGCCCUCGCCUAGUGGAAGCGGGUGCCCCGCGGCCAGCAGCAGCUCCUCCGCCGCCCCGCCCCGCCCCGCCCUGCCCUGCGGCGGCCCCGGGCCGCCGACCGCGUUGCUGUCGGCGGCGGUGCCUGGAGGCGAUGGUGCCCGCGCCGGGGUUAGUCUGAUCGCCGCCUCCCCGCCUCGCCGCCUCCGGUGCCGGCGGCGCUCCCGCGGGGCCAGCCGCCCGCCGCCGCGCUCGCUCCGGCUUGCGGCCAUCUGAUACAACUUGGGAGCCCCCCCCCCCGAAAAAUAAUACUAAUCGAUAAUAAUAAUUUAAAAGAAGGAGAAGAAGGGGGGAGAAGCGGAAGAAGCAAGUGGAUAAUGUCAACGCCGAGCAGAUUCAAAAAGGACAAAGAGAUUAUAGCGGAGUAUGAAAGUCAAGUGAAAGGUGUCCAGGACCCUCGGGACCGGCAACCUGCACAAAGGUGAUGGAGGAGAUAUUCACUCUGGGCGUCGUACCUGCUCUGAAUUCCCUGCAGGAAGACUCCUUUUGUAGCUGGCUAAAUGAAGAAUAAUUAGGUUCCUGAACACAGAGAUCCGAGCUCAACUCAUCGAGCAGCAAAAAUGCCUGGAGCAGCAGACUGAAAUGAGAGUGCAGCUUCUUCAGGAUCUGCAGGAUUUCUUCCGCAAGAAGUCGGAAAUAGAGAUGGAGUAUUCCAGAAACUUGGAAAAAUUGGCGGAGAGAUUCAUGGCAAAAACAAGAAGUACAAAGGACCAUCAGCAGUACAAGAAAGACCAGAACCUCUUGUCGCCAGUGAAUUGCUGGUACUUACUCCUGAACCAAGUGAGAAGAGAAAGCAAAGACCAUGCAACAUUGAGCGAUAUCUACCUGAACAACGUGAUCAUGCGGUUCAUGCAGAUAAGUGAAGACUCCACCAGAAUGUUCAAGAAGAGCAAAGAGAUUGCAUUUCAACUUCAUGAAGACCUAAUGAAAGUACUUAAUGAGCUUUACACAGUCAUGAAAACAUACCACAUGUAUCAUGCAGAGAGCAUCAGUGCAGAAAGCAAACUGAAGGAGGCAGAGAAGCAAGAAGAAAAACAGAUUGGGAGGUCAGGAGACCCUGUUUUUCAUAUUCGACUAGAAGAAAGGCACCAGAGACGGAGCUCUGUGAAAAAGAUUGAAAAAAUGAAGGAAAAACGUCAAGCAAAAUAUUCUGAAAACAAGCUGAAAUCUAUUAAGGCCCGUAAUGAAUACCUCCUCACCCUUGAAGCAACCAAUGCUUCUGUUUUCAAGUAUUAUAUUCAUGACCUUUCAGAUUUAAUUGACUGUUGCGAUCUUGGAUACCAUGCUAGUCUGAACAGAGCCCUAAGAACAUACCUUUCUGCAGAGUAUAACCUUGAAACUUCCAGGCAUGAGGGCUUAGACAUCAUUGAAAAUGCAGUUGACAGCUUGGAGCCACGAAGUGACAAGCAGAGAUUCAUGGAAAUGUACCCCACCGCUUUUUGUCCGCCAAUGAAAUUUGAGUUCCAGUCUCAUAUGGGUGAUGAGGUUUGUCAGGUCACUGCCCAGCAACCUGUACAAGCAGAGCUUAUGCUUAGGUACCAGCAACUACAGUCACGAUUGGCCACGCUCAAAAUCGAAAAUGAGGAGGUUAAGAAAACAACAGAGGCUACCCUGCAGACAAUACAAGAUAUGGUCACCAUUGAAGACUAUGAUGUGUCAGAAUGUUUCCAGCACAGUCGCUCAACGGAAUCUGUGAAGUCAACAGUAUCUGAGACAUACCUGAGUAAGCCUAGCAUUGCGAAAAGAAGAGCUAACCAGCAGGAAACGGAGCAAUUCUAUUUCAUGAAAUUCAGAGAAUAUCUGGAAGGUAGUAAUCUCAUCACAAAACUUCAAGCAAAACAUGACUUGCUGCAGAGGACACUCGGAGAAGGUCACAGGGCUGAAUACAUGACAACAAGGCCUCCAAACCUUCCCCCUAAGCCCCAGAAACACAGGAAGCCCAGACCCCGAUCACAGUAUAGUGCUAAGUUGUUUAAUGGUGAUUUGGAGUCAUUCAUCAAGGAUUCAGGACAAGUCAUUCCUCUCAUCGUGGAAAGCUGUAUCAGAUUUAUCAAUUUAUACGGUCUUCAGCAUCAGGGAAUUUUCAGAGUGUCUGGUUCCCAGGUGGAAGUCAACGAUAUUAAAAAUUCAUUUGAGAGAGGUGAAAAUCCUUUGGCAGAUGACCAAAGUAACCAUGACAUUAACUCAGUUGCUGGAGUACUGAAGCUCUAUUUCCGAGGGCUGGAAAAUCCUGUCUUUCCUAAGGAAAGAUUUAAUGAUCUUAUUUCUUGUAUCAGAAUAGACAAUCUCUAUGAGAGGGCUCUUCACAUCCGCAAACUCCUCCUUACUUUGCCCAGGUCUGUCCUUAUAGUGAUGAGAUACCUCUUCGCCUUCCUCAACCACCUUUCACAGUACAGUGAUGAAAACAUGAUGGAUCCGUACAACCUGGCUAUUUGUUUUGGGCCAACCCUGAUGCCUGUUCCAGACAUACAAGACCAGGUGUCUUGUCAGGCACACGUGAAUGAGAUAAUCAAAACUAUCAUCAUCCAUCAUGAGGCUAUUUUUCCAGAUGCUAAAGAACUUGAUGGCCCAGUCUAUGAAAAAUGCAUGGCUGGAGAUGACUACUGUGACAGCCCGUACAGCGAACAUGGUACAUUAGAGGAGGUGGACCAGGAUGCUAGUACAGAGCCCCACACCAGUGAAGACGAGUGCGAGCCCAUAGAAGCUAUAGCCAAGUUUGACUACGUUGGAAGAUCUGCACGAGAACUCUCUUUCAAGAAAGGAGCUUCCCUUCUGCUCUAUCACCGAGCAUCUGAAGACUGGUGGGAAGGAAGGCACAACGGAAUUGAUGGCCUUGUCCCUCACCAGUACAUAGUGGUGCAGGAUAUGGAUGAUACUUUCUCAGAUACACUGAGCCAAAAAGCAGACAGUGAGGCCAGCAGCGGACCCAUAACAGAGGACAAGUCAUCAUCAAAGGACAUGAACUCUCCCACUGACCGUCACUCUGACGUGUAUUUAGGAAGGCAAAGAAAGAGAUCGGAACCUCCACCUCCUCUAAGGCGCCCCGGCAGGAGCAGUGACGGCCACUGCCCAGUACACCCACCUCACCCUCUCUCCAACUCGUCCGUGGAGCUUGGUUCCCCCAACCUGGCAACUCACUGCAGUCCCAGAGCCCUCCUUCAAAAUCGCAACCUCAAUGCCGACAGCCCUGAAAGGAGGCGUAGGCCUGGACAUGGCAGUCUCACUAACAUCAGUAGGCAUGAUUCUCUAAAGAAGAUUGAUAGCCCUCCAAUUAGAAGAUCUACAUCAUCUGGUCAGUACACAGGUUUCAAUGACCAUAAACCACUGGACCCAGAGUCAAUAGCUCAGGACAUCGAGGAGACGAUGAACACGGCGCUGAACGAGCUCCGUGAGCUGGAGCGGCAGAGCUCAGCGAAGCACGCCCCCGAUGUCGUGUUGGACACCCUGGAACAAAUGAAAAACACCCCCACCCCUGCCACCUCCACGGAGUCGCUCAGCCCUCUCCACAGCGUUGUUUUAAGGAGCUCCGAGCCUCAGAUCCGCCGCAGCACUAGUUCUUCCAGUGACACCAUGAGUACUUUCAAGCCCAUGGUGGCCCCUAGAAUGGGAGUGCAGCUGAAGCCUCCUGCUCUUAGGCCAAAACCUAUUGUUCUUCCAAAAACAAAUCCUAGCAUAGGGCCUUCCCCUCCUUCCCAGGGUCCAGCCGACAAGUCUUGCACAAUGUAGACAGCUCAGCCACCCACAGUGCCCGGCUGGGGUAUGCUAGGGAAAGGGAUGGAUUAACGAUAGAAGUCAGGGCUCCAUAACAUCAUUUGUUCAUGUUUGUAACUGGAGAGGCUUUGUUUUCAGUGUUUUUGAAUGUAUUGUCUGAAACUAGCUACAUUAACAUGGGCAUUUGUAUUUUGUAUGGUUUCAAUUAAAAGAAAAACUGGACAAUUGUGCAUCGUUUUAAAAAAACAAACAUAGACUUACUUGAAAACUUGAUGCUGCACCAUUUGUAAUAAAAACAACACAGAUCACAAACAGCUUGCCACGUUGUACCAUACUUCACAGUCUUACCGUAGCUCUCUAAUAACAGAUCCUACACAAAACUAAGGGGUGGGGGGGGUCAGGGGAGGUGGGACCUCUCAUUUCUGGGUCACUAAACCAAAUCUUAAGCAGGUUAGUAAGAGCUGAAAUCUAGCAUGUGAGGAUUAAGUGUCCGUGUGGAAUGUCUAAGUCAUCUCAGGCCACAUUUCUUACUUAAGAGACACCAAAAAAAUCCACCAAUCCCUCACAACUCUCACAAUUGGCACCGAGUUCUAGCUUUCUUGUUGGCAGUCUCACAAGAGGCAAGCGCUGGAUGGAUCUGGAGAUCACAUUGCUCUCACCGAUACAAAGCAGCAUUCCUGGUCACAGCUAAAGCACAUCUCCAGGAUAGUAUCUAGAAACUCCUUUUGCUGUCCUCUGUAAUAGUGUACCUUUUCCCAUGAAGCUAAACCUUCAUUCCCUGAUACCACAUUUUUCACAAAAGCUAAAUUCAUUUAAAGUUCAUGGUUGAGUGAGCCAGGCUCUGGGGACUACAUGAAUCUGUUGGUCCAUUAGGCAGGCUGAUAGGCGAUUAAAAGGAUCAACUACACAGUAAUUCAGCAAAGUAUCCCAUUGACUUUAUUGCUCAGUGUCCAAUUAAAGACGUGAUUUGAGUUGUAACAGUGGGAGUUCCGAGCUGGCCUCGCUCCGCUGGCUGCCUUGCCCGGCGCAGGCACUCCGCGCGCGUCCUCGGUUGUGCUGACGGCGGCAGGACAGGGACUCUGAAGAGGGACUGACUGCCUCCUGCCAGCGAUGCAGGGGUCGGUCGCAGGACAGGCAGCUGAGUUUCUACUGCCUAGAUUCAAGCUGACUAAAGUUUUCCAUAACCACUUUUCUCCCCCUUCCCCUUUUCUUUUCAAUGACAGAAUUCAGUACCUUUCUUAUGUCUGUGUGAGUGACGACUGUCAACUUUGCUUAGCGCUCUGUUGUUAAACUUUGUUAGGCGUGAACUAAAUGUACAGCUGUUUUGCACAUUGCAACAGUAAGCCAUAAUAUUAUUUCUGUGACUACGUUUUCCAACAUCCAAUGCAUAAAAUAAAUUUCAGCGAAGAUGAUGGGGGAACAAAAAAUCCAUUGCGGUCCACCCAGAGGAGUACAACUGGCUUUAAGCAGGGUCUUUCCAUGUAUUAUUUAAGAUCUCACGUUGGAAAGCUUGGAGUUGUACCACUCGCUACAUCAACAACUGAUUUUGGGAGGGGAAGAGCAGUGACAAAAUUUGAUAGACAUAAUUAGUGAGGUGACAGGAGUAAUUUCCUGUUAUUAUUUAUGAGCAACUUAUUCCUGCUCUGGUUUACGCCCUGUAGAUGGGUAAUGCAAAGUCCCGGGUUGAAAAGUACCCCAUGAACUGCCUCUGAGAGCCAAACUGCUCCUGGUAUUUGCGAACCCAUCUCAGUCCAGCCGCAGACUUUGUGUGUGUCUAGGUUUGAGGCCAAGUCUUAAUCCACCACGGUGGGCUGUGCAGAGUCGGUCAGGGAACCUCCGGCCCUCUCGACUGCCUAGUCCUAAUGCUAGGGCAAGAGCCUAAGCCAGGCCAGCCCCAGCUGCAGCCCAGCGCUGGUCUAUAGGGUCUGGUCGCUUAGUCGGGACCAGAGACAUUUUGGAGUAGUUCCCCAGUUUACUAGAAUCAGUGGAACAAACUGGAAUUUCAGCUUUCAUUUUCAUGCAGUUUUAGUCUAGCAUUUUUAAAUUAACCCACCUGGCAUAAUUGAGAUGGAUACCUGUAUCUUUAAAUUGCAUAGGGAAUUUUGUAUGUUUAAAUAACUGUACUGGACUCCAUAAUGCUUAUACUAGAAAUUGUUUAGCAAAAGAAAAUAUUAGAAGCAGUGCAUUUAGUGAAUGCAUCCACUUAGUGCAUUCACACAGUUAAAUGUGUAGUUUGAUGGUUAUUAUAGAUACUUAAAAGUAUAGUAAGUGGAUAUGUAACAGGAAAGACUGCUACAACUACAGACGUACUAAAGGGUAACUCCUGCUCACCUAAUCCAAUCAGUAUUGUCCUUUACUGUCAAGUUUGAUGAAUUGCAGUACUGGUAGCUUCCUGCUUGUUGACUGUUACCUAAUUGUGUCAAUGUACAUCUGUAGUAUGUACAUGUGAAAGUGCCUUUAAAUUUUAGAGGAGCUUUAGCCUUGCUCUUGUACUGUUGCAUUUCCAUUGCCUCCUUCCCUGUUCGUGUAUGGCUGCAUUCCCAUUGCAUUCCUUCCACUCUCAAGGAACAAAUAAAAACAUGGAAAUUUCACAGUUCUGGGAGAGAAUCGUACUGUUAAUCUGUUGUGACAAUGCACUUUUAUGUAUAGUACUGUACAUUUUUGGCAUGUACCAUUACAAGCUUCAGUAUACAGUCAGGUUUGUUCCUCAUAGUGUAUCUUUAUAAUAAAGAAGAUAGUUCUGUC